UUUUCAAUGGAUUAACUAUUAAGUUUUUGGAUAUUUAUAAAACAAACCCCGUUUUUUUUACAUUUUUUUCAAAUAUUUCUAAAAGCCAAUCAAGUCAUGGCAAAUAAAAAGUGUAUUAUUUCAGAAAAGUGUAAUUCCUAAAAUUUGGUUCUUUGUCAGUUUAAUUAAUCGCAUGGAAACUUUCCACCGGCUAUCAUUGUUUGUGCUGGUUCAAAAGAAUUUGACAUACAACAUGCAAGAGCCACCAAUUUUGAUAAACCAAACGAUAAAUAUUUACACAGAUGUGGAGCAUUUCACGUGCGGCUCGUUUUACAUUUUUUUUAAACUCUACCGCAUAAUCAAUUUAGUUUAAAUGACUUUUUUCUCCUAAUUAUUAAGUAAAAUGCGAUAACCCGAAUCUUCAUCCGUUGAAUUCUUGCCACCAAUAUUAUUAUGAUAUAUUUUAUAGUUAAUAAUGAAAACCUCUAAUCAAAUUAGUUGUUAGUUGGAUUCCUGCUGUACAAAGAUUAUCGGAAAUGUUUUACCAUGAUAGCGCGAGAGGAAUCUUACUUUUUGAUAAAUAUUUUUUAUCGUCUAGUUAAUAAUAAGAUUGUUCGGUUCUUUUAUAUUUUAUUUCAUCCUGUUCGAAUAGAAACUUUCCUUAAAUAAUAACAAGUCAUUAGCAAUUGGAAAAUUUUGUGAAAAUUAAACCACAAUCAGGGGCGGACGAUUAAAGCUGUUUUGUAAAUAAAGUUAUACUUAGGUACCCCCCAUGCCUAAUCUGUUAGGAACCAAACUGAAUAAAACUAACUCACAAAUAUUUUAUUAUUUUUUUACGUUCAUUAAAGACGCGAUUAAUUGGCAAAUAAAAAAAGGUCGAGGCAAAACGGAAAAUCUCUCAUUUGAUAACCUCUCACGAAUGAUAAGUUGAAGAAUUCGUUUUGACAAAAAGUGACCUGGCUAGACCUAACUGGAAAGAUCUGGUUGUCUGUUCUUUUCCUAUCAUAUUUCAAAUAACGAAAAAUAGGGUAUUUAUUUGGAAAAAAUUCCAUUAGAAAUCUAAAAAUACAAAUAGACGUAAUGUUGCGUUUAUCGAUGUAAUUAAACAAAACUUUGUUCGUACGUAUUCUGUGUAGAACCAUACAUUUUGAAGAAAGAAACACCAGUAAUUAUUAAAUAUAAAGUAUUUUAUUUGUGAUUAUAAUAAUAAUUAUUAUCAGUGACGAAUUGUUUAAAAAAAUAAGAAAUGCAUUGUGUCCACAAUGUUGUAGAUACUACUAGAUACAACUUAGCUGAUAAUUUCCUCAUUUAUUUGAAUUUUGUGUCAAUAAACACUUUCUAUAGGUGCUAUCUUAAUAAAUACGUUAUAUUGUUACGUUCAUAUGUAUUUACAUACAAAUGUUUAAAAAAAUUAAUUAAAUUUUUCAAAAAUAAAUAGUUCAAAAACUACUGGCUUUGCAACGAGUUUUUUGAUUUCUGUGUAAUUAUAAUUUGAUAAGACCAAUAAUUCGCCGCAAUAAAGCAAUUGAGUUUUAUUGCGACUAUCAAAAUUAUCAGAAAUUUAAUAUCCGUUUUUUGUAAUCAUAGCGAGUACCGGAUUCAAAAUUUAUCUACCAAAAACACAGCAUACGGUUUUUAUUAUUAUUCAUUCCCCAUUGCCGAUUAUGUCAUCUUUUUAUUAUACUUGUAAAAUUUACUCCAUUUUUAACAAGAAAAAUAAAAAAGUCGAGAAAUACAGAGUGAUUGAAAAGUGUCGGACCAUCUCUUGGGUGGUGAUAAAGGACAUCCAUCUAGACUGAACAGAUACCUGUUGAAAAAAAUUACCAAUUUGUGUCUUAUGGUGUAAAAAAACAUUUAAAAAAGUAGCAAAUUUAACAAUAAAUUAAAUCUAACAACAUUGGAAACAAAAAACUAAGAUGCCUACAUGAUAAUAAAAAGCUUGAAACAAAAAUUUGAAUUCAUUUUUAUGCUUAGCUGAAAGUCUUCUAUCACCAUUAUAGAGUUGGACUGAUAUUUUUGAAUCACCCUGUAUAAACGAAACACUUUAAUAUCUGUUUAAAAUUAUGGUCAAAAAUAAAAUUAAUAAUGUAAGUCAUACCUACCAACAAAUAAUACAGAACACAGCACUUUGAAACAGAUAUUACACUCGAUAUUUAAUUGUUUUACCAUUUUAUUACUCUGUAACUGUAUUUAAUAAACCUUGACCUCCAUAUUCGUUCGUUACAAUACAAAGCACCUUUCUAGCAGAGUAAUAAUGUCUUUGUUACAGUGUAACACAAUUAGUUUUCUGCUCGAUUAAUUAAGAAAUAUAUUGGGCAAUUAUUUUUCCUUUGCAACGUAUGUACGAAUCCAAACUACUCCUCCCCAAAUCAUCGAAAAAUGACAAAGACGAGAAGCAACGUUUACUCGAGAGCGACGCUCCCGACGUCUCCCUCGACCUGGACUCGGCGUCGGGCGAAGACUUUUCCGAAGAUCCAACCCUCAAUCGAAAACUGGAACAUCCAACUUCGAACUUCGAUACGAUGAUACAUUUAUUGAAAGGAAACAUCGGGACGGGAAUUUUGGCAAUGCCGGACGCUUUCCGCAACGCCGGAUGGGUGGUGGGUCUGUUUGGAACCAUGCUGAUGGGUUGUAUCUGCACACAUUGCAUGCACAUGCUGGUAGCUUGCUCACACGAAUUGUGCCGACGAACGCAGAAACCGUCGUUGAGUUUUGAUGAAGUCGUGGAAAACGCGUUCAAAACGGGACCGCAACCAUUGCAGAAGUUCAGUCAAAUUGCAAAGACAUUGAUUAAUCUUUUCUUAUGUAUCACCCAAUUGGGCUUCUGUUGCGUUUAUUUUGUCUUCGUUGCUGCCAACCUCCACGAUGUUAUAAAYCACUACUUUUUCGAUAUGAGUGUGCACUGGUACCUUGUUAUGCUUUUGAUUCCUAUGGUUUUACUCAACUUUGUCAAAAGUUUGAAAUAUUUGACCCCAGCAUCGCUUUUUGCAUCAAUCUUGACUUGUAGCGGUUUGGUUAUAACCUUUUUCUACAUGCUUCAAGACCUACCUGAUACUUCUACAGUACAAGCAUUUUCGAGUUGGUCCCAACUACCACUUUACUUCGGGACGGCUAUUUACGCAUUUGAGGGCAUUGGUGUGAUUUUACCUUUGGAAAACAACAUGAAGUCACCUCAAGAUUUCGGCGGAUGGACCGGUGUUUUAAACACAGGAAUGGUAAUCGUGGCAACACUGUACACAGCUGUGGGUUUUUUCGGUUAUUUGAAAUAUGGGGAUCAAGCGGUUUUGGGGAGUGUCACUCUAUUGCUACCACCAAAUGAAUUGUUGGCACAAUCUGUUCGGUUAAUGAUGGCAGUUGCAAUUUUCCUCUCCUACAGUCUCCAGUUUUACGUUCCGUUUAACAUCGUGUGGCCUUGGAUAAAAGAUUAUUUCCAUUCAGACAAAUCGAAAAGAUUGGCCGAACAUGCAACUAGAACAAUUCUAGUUUUUGUAACUUUUGCUUUGGCGAUCGCGAUUCCAAAUUUGGGUGCUGUAAUUUCUUUAGUCGGGGCUUUUAGUAGCUCAGCUUUGGCUUUAAUUUUCCCGCCUUUGAUCGAAAUUAUAACUUUCUGGCCGGACAAAUUGGGCAAAAAUAAUUGGAUUUUAUGGAAAGAUAUAGCGAUUGUUUUGUUCGGAUUUGUAGGGUUUAUUAUAGGUUCGUACGUCAGUCUCUUGAAUAUUUUACAACCGGAAAUGUGAAUUUAGUCCCAAAUCUCAUGAUAAUAAUGAUGACAAUAACUUAUCCGCUACAUAUUUAUUUUAAUUUUAUUUUUGUAUAUAUAAUUUUAAGUAUUAUUAGAUGAGGUGUUAGGACACCCCAUUCCUGUGACAUCAGUAUUCCAAAAUUUGUAUAAAUCAUUGUAAAUAUUUUUUAUUUUUAUUACGUUAUGUAAAGAGAAAAAUAUAUUAUAUGUUUCCCUUUAAA